GUCACAGUAAUGCAAGCUCAGAAAUCAGGAGGAGCCAGUGAGCAUAGUUGUUAUAAUAAUAGAAUUAUAAAAUAAGCCUUAUAAAUAUCGAUGAGGAUUUCAUAACACAGCAAGAAUGGGUCAUCGAAUUGAUGAUAUCAUGAAGCUGUGUUGUGAGUUAUCUGCCAAUCAGCAAAUCAAGACCACAGUGAAAGGCUCGGGGAAGGGAGCAGCAGCAGCAGGCAGUCUGGCCUUCGCUGGAGGGUUAGUUGGGGGACCUCUUGGUAUCGCAGUCGGCGGAGCAGUCGGAGGGCUUCUGGGCUGCUGGCUGACCAGUGGACAAUUCAAACCGCUGCCUCAGAUCAUAAUGGAGCUCAGUCCUCAGCAGCAGCAGGAGCUUUAUGGUGGACUUAUGGCUGUCCUGGGAGACAUGCAGUGGACAGAUUUGGCUCAGCUAACUGCUCUAGUGAUGGGCAACGCCGCCCUGAAGCAGCAGCUUACAGCGUCCCUUCUCGGGUAUGUCUCCAAGGAGCUCCAGGCGGAGGUGCACUAUGUGGAUUAGUUUUCUGUGGGAAAACUGGUAUAACCUGAUUCAGGGGCGGAUAUGCUCAGAAGGAUGGAGUCUCUGAAAAGAAAGUGAACUGUUUCUAUGACACUGGAGAGACUCUUUCAAAUGUGAAAUCACAUAUUGUAAAAUUGCACAGACGCCAUCAGAGUCCUGUUAACAGGUUAUACUGGGUGAUAUGAUUAUUGUGAAAACAGCUGUAUAACUGGAUCCAUUUAUUAUGGGAAGUACACUCAUCAGAUGAAGGAAUUAUUUAUUCAUUAAUGACACUGUUAAUCAUGGUGCAACUACACUGAUUUCAAUAUUUAAAUACAAAAGAUUAUGCACUGAAUGAGCGCCAACUAUAAAGUGUGAACUAGUUUGAUUUGAUGGUGAUUUAAGUCUGAGACAAUGAUUUUACCAGCAUCUGUGCACAUUAUAUCGUAUUUAAGUGAUUUCAUCAAUAAAAACAAAAAGGUUUGUGUA